AUGCGUAUUCAGGCAUGGAAGCACCUAAAUUUUUCAUCUGCCUUUUCAUUGUCUCCCCUGUCAGUCUUCGGCUUAUCAACUGCAGUUGACACAUUAAGUUCAGGCCAGUCUAUGAAAGAUGGAGAGACGUUGGUCUCUUCAGGCCAAAGCUUUGAGCUCGGCUUCUUCUCUCCUGGCAACUCCACAAACUGGUACCUGGGGAUAUGGUACAAGAUCACUCCGGAAACAGUUGUUUGGGUUGCCAACAGGGACAAUCCACUCACUGACUCGCAUGGAUUUCUCACGUUUAACCAUGCUGGAGAUCUAGUUCUUGUCAACCAAUCGAAAAUUGUCGUCUGGUCUUUGAAUUUGUCCCGGGUUCUGAAAAAUCCGGUUGCACAGCUCUUAGACACUGGAAAUCUUGUUCUCAGAGAGAAUACCAGUCUGAAUUCUGAUGACUAUUCGUGGCAGAGUUUUGAUCAUCCGUCAGACACACUACUACCCGGUAUGAAAUUAGGAUGGGACUUAAAAAUUGGUUUAGAAAGGCAUCUGACUUCUUGGAAAAGCAUGGACGAUCCUUCCCCUGGAGAUUAUACUUACAGGCUGAACAUUCACGGGUUGCCUCAAGGUGAACUCGUCAGCUUAGGAUCCAGCAAGAAAUAUCGGACAGGACCGUGGAACGGAAUACAAUUCAGUGGUGCAACAAUGAGUUCAAAUCCAGUGACCAAGCCAGUGUUCUUCUAUGGUCAAAAUGAGAUCUAUUUUGUUUUUGUGUAUGAAGCCAGACAAAGCGAAUUUAUCCCUAGAGUUCUUACAAUGAACCAUUCAGGGUCGCUCCAGUUUUAUGUUGCAAGUAAAAGAAGCUAUGCCUGGAAUAUCAUGUACUCAGUGCCCAAUGAUCCAUGCGAUGCUUACGGUACUUGUGGAGCCAGUGGUAUCUGUAGAAUUAACAGAGCUCCCAUAUGCAAUUGCUUAAAGGGGUUUAUACCGAAGUUUCCAGAAGAAUGGGAUCUCCUUAAUUGGUCCAGUGGAUGCAUGAGAAGAGUGCCAAUAAAUUGUUCGAAGGAAGAAGCGUUCCUCAAACUUUCAAAAGUGAAACUUCCUGACCUGUUAGAGUUCUGGUUGAACAAGAACAUGAGCCUCAAGGAAUGCGAGGCUGAGUGCUUAAAGAACUGUUCAUGUACAGCUUAUGCUAAUUCAGAUGUUAGAGGAGGAGGUAGCGGCUGCCUCCUGUGGUUUGGAAGCCUAAUUGACAUUAAGGAGUACGAAGAAGAUGACUAUGGGCAAACUCUAUACAUACGCCUACCAAAAUCUGAACUAGAUUUCCUUCACAAUUCUGACAAGAAGAAAAGGAUGGUCAUCGCUGUAUUGAUGUCAGCUAAUGCUGCUUUGUUUCUAUCGGCCAUGGUGUACUUCCGUCGUAUCUGGAAUUGCCAAAUAAAGAGAAAUGGUUGGAAAAUCAAGGAGGAAGAUGUUGAUUUGCCACUUUUUGAUCUAGCUACCAUUGUUAAUGCUACAAAUGGUUUUUCUGAGGAUAGUCCGAUAGGAGGUGGUGGCUUUGGCCCAGUUUACAAGGGAAAUCUUUUCACAGGACAAGAUAUCUACACCAUGAUUCUAAACUUCGAUGGCUAUAUGUCCCCUGAGUAUGCCUUUGACGGGAUAUUCUCUGUGAAAUCCGAUGUCUUUAGCUUUGGUGUGCUUUUGUUAGAGAUUGCAUGGUUGCUUUGGAGUGAAGACGGAGCCAUGGAACUCGUUGAUGGGUGCCUCUAUGAUUUGGUGGAACCUCAAGUAGAAAGAUGUAUCCAUGUCGGCUUGUUAUGCGUGCAGAAGUUCCCCAACGAUAGACCAGCGAUGUCCUCUGUAGUCGCCAUGUUAGGAAAUGAAAGUGCAAGCUUGCCUCGACCUAAACAGCCCGGUUUCUUCAUGGAAAGAAGUUCAAUGGACUUAAGCGCAACCCUGAGGCAUGAAGAACUCCACACUGUUAAUGCAGUCACAGAACCUUUGAGUUUAAAACUUGUCAUUGAGAGGGAAGAACCAGGGAAAAAAUUAACAGAGGGCUUCAUGGCAUUGGAAAAGCUUAUUUAUUCCCCCUUCCUUUUCUCUGUUUUUGUCAUGUUUGUGCUGAACUUCUCAAUCGCGUCUGAUACCAUAAGUUCAAGUCAGUCCAUUAAGGAUGGAGAGAAAUUGGUCUCUUCAGGCCAAAGCUUUGAGCUUGGCUUCUUCUCUCCAGAAAACUCCAAGUAUAGGUACUUGGGGAUAUGGUAUAAAUUUAGCCCUGAAAAAGUCGUUUGGGUCGCCAACGGAAACAACCCACUCACUGAUACAGAUGGUGUUCUUACAUUUAGCGAAGAGAGGAAUCUAGUUGUUGUCAACCCAUCGAGGAGUGUCAUCUGGUCUUCGAAUUCCUCCAGGGUUUUAAGAAACCCAGUUGCACAGCUGUUGGAUUCGGGUAACCUUGUCGUUUCAGAGAAUACCAGUUCACGUUCUGGUGAAUACUCAUGGCAGAGCUUUGACUAUCCAACUGACACCCUUUUAGCUGGUAUGCGAAUAGGAUGGAGCCUCAAAACCGGUUUUGAAUGGCAUCUGACUUCUUGGAAAAGCACGAUUGAUCCUUCCUCUGGAGACUAUACCUACGGAAUAAAAGUUAAUGAGUUGCCCCAGUUUGAAGUGCUCAAAAGAGGCUCCACAAAAACAUUUCGAACAGGGCCAUGGAAUGGAUUCUAUUUCACGGGAUCUCCAGUGACUGAGAGGACAAUUUUCAGGCAAAUGUUUGUUUACGAUGAAACAGAUGUAUAUUUGAAGUUUGAAUCUUCAAGGGAUGAUAUCACCACCAUAAUCACAUUGAAUCAGUCUGGUCUUGUGCAAUGUCUUUUAAGGAAGAAAGAGAGCUCUACAUGGGAUGUCAUGAUCUCAUUUCCCCGUGAUCCAUGCGAUAACUAUGGACAGUGUGGAGCUAAUGGUAUCUGCAGAAGUAACAAAGACCCUAAAUGCCAAUGUUUGCAGGGUUUCAUGCCCAAGUCCCAAGAAGAGUGGCAUGUACUUAAUUCAACCAGUGGAUGCAUUAGGAAAGCUCAAUUAAUUUGCUCUCAGGAAGAGGGCUUUUUGAAACUAUCGAUGCUGAAUCUGCCUGACCUGAUAGACUUCUGGGUAAACAAGAAUAUGAGCCUUGAGGAGUGCAAGAUGGAGUGUCUAAAGAACUGUUCUUGUAAUGCUUAUGCUAAUUCAGAUGUUAGAGGAGGAGGGAGUGGCUGUUUGAUGUGGUUCGGCAAUCUCUUUGAUAUAAGAGAAUCCGAACAAGUCAACAAUGAACAUCAUAUCUACAUAAGAUUACCUGCUUCUGAGUUAGAUUCCAUCCACAGCCCUGUCAAUAAGAAAAUACUGUUGACUGUCACAGUCGCUUCAGUCAUUUGUGGAUUGUUAAUAGCAGGUAUAGCAUUGAGUGUUAUGAGGAAAAGCAGAAUCAGAAGAAGAGGGUUGCAAAGUCAGAAGGAAGACAUUGAUUUACCAUUAUUUGAUUUUUCUACAAUUGCCGAUGCUACUGGACAUUUCUCACAGACCAACAUGAUUGGAGCUGGUGGCUUUGGUUCAGUGUACAAGGGAAAUCUCUCCACGGGUCAAGAAAUAGCAGUGAAGAGGCUGUCCAGAAGUUCAAGACAAGGUCUCGAAGAGUUCAUGAAUGAGGUUCUCCUAAUUGCCAAACUUCAGCAUAGGAAUCUUGUCGGACUUCUUGGCUAUUGCAUCGAGGGAGAAGAAAGAAUGUUAAUAUAUGAGUAUAUGCCAAAUAAAAGCUUGGAUUAUUUCAUCUUCGAUGAUGACAGAAGCUUUUUGUUAGCAUGGAAAAGUCGCUUUGACAUAGCUCUAGGAAUAGCCAGAGGACUUCUGUAUCUUCAUCAAGAUUCGAAACUACAAGUCAUUCACAGAGAUCUCAAAGCAAGCAAUAUAUUGUUAGAUGCUGACCUCAAUCCUAAAAUCUCAGACUUCGGCCUCGCAAAAAUCUUUGCAGGCCAUGAAAGAGAAGCAAGAACGAAAAGAAUCAUUGGUACCUAUGGCUAUAUGUCCCCAGAAUAUGCUUAUGAUGGAAAAUUCUCCGUGAAAUCCGAUGUUUUUAGCCUUGGUGUAAUUUUGCUAGAGAUAGUAAGCGGCAAAAGGAAUAGAGGGUUCUGCCAUCCUGAUCAUGAACACAACCUUCUUGGGCAUGCAUGGUUGCUGUGGAGCGCAGGCAGGUCCUUGGAGCUUCUGCAUGAAUCUCUAUGCGACUCCUUCAUCGCAUCCCAAGUAGAGAGAUGCAUUCAAGUUGGUUUGGUAUGCGUCCAAAAGUGUCCUGGAGAUAGGCCAACAAUGUGUUCAGUCAUUUUCAUGUUAGCGAAUGAGGAAGCAAUCCUGCCACAGCCUAAACAGCCCGGGUUCUUUAAGGAGAGAGGUCCAUCGAGCACAGAGGAAUCUUCGAUAAGGGAAGAAUCAUACACAAGGAAUAUUGUUACAAUCACCAUGCCGGAAGGUCGAUGAACUUCCCAUCGAGGAAGUUCCCUGUAGUGUGGACUUCAGAAAAGCUUUCUCGGUGCAUGAAGGUUGCAAGGAUCAGUAGGUGGUCUGCAAUCACUAUAAUCUUCAAUGUGUGAAAGGUGCAGUGACCUACACUUUGACGUUGCUUCUUCAGGUUCUCAAAUUGUAGAAAACACUGCUAAAAACAAUCUAAAAAGGUUCUGAAGGCAUGGAUUGCAGUUGCCUCUUCCAUGAAUAUGUGAUAUUUGUGUACACGAAUCUGUCGGCUUCCUUGUAGAUGGAGGACUGACUAGACGAGGGCCACAACAAAGGAUUCGCAUUUUAAUAAUUCAGAAGGGUCAAUUAACUUGGUAUAGGCCUUUCUAUUGAAAUUGAUUGCCAAUGGUUAUUCGUAGAGAAUUAUAUCGACUCUGUAAACUUUCAUAUGAGCAAGUAGCUAUAUUUAGUUAUUAACUGCUUCACUUUAUUUUUGUACGAUACAUGGAUAAGUGAUCUCCCAGUGGAAGUAUUUCCACGCUUAUGAACAAUAUAAAGUUUUUUCGCCA